AUGGCCUCUCUGACCCCGGCCAUCUCAGUGUCCUAUGAAAUCAAGUGGAUCUAUUUUUUCUUCUCAAUCCUGGAGUUGGCAGUAGGGAUCCUCAGCAAUAGCUUCAUAGUGCUGGUGAAUGCCUGGGACCUGGUGAGGAAGCACAAGCUGUCCAUAAGCGACCUCUUGCUGCUAAGCCUUGGUACCUCUCGGAUCUUCCUACAGGGUCUGCUCUUUCUGGAUGCCAUUUACCUCACUCAUUUCCAAGUGAUGAGAGAACCAUUGAGCAACAAGUACAAAACCAUCAUCCUAUUCUGGAUGCUUGUCAACCAAGUCAGCCUCUGGCUCGCCACCUGGCUUAGCAUUUUCUACUGUGCAAAGAUUGCCCGAGUCUCGCACUCCUUCCUACUGUGGUUUAAAGGCUGGCUCCUCAUGGUUACCCCUCAGCUGCUCCUGGGCUCUCUGACUCUCCCUUGGGUCAGUGUCAUGCCUUGUAUAUGGAAACAUUUCAGUUUAUUCUACUCCAACUCUACAGUUUCGCUCCCUGGGAACAACACAGAGAAAAUCAUGAAGGAAAGGUUAAGUUUUUUCUACUUCUACCUUCUUUGCAAUUUGGGCAACAUCCUUCCUUUUGUGCUUUUCCUGGCAUCUUCUGCCAUCCUGAUCAUCUCCCUGGGAAGACACAUGAGGACAAUGGUGGCCCAGACGACUGGCUCUGGAGAUCCCAGCCUGGAGGCCCACGUCGCAGCCCUUCGGUCUUUGAUUUCCUUCCUUUUUCUCUAUGCAAUAGGAUUUGGGGCUUCAAUAGCUGCCGUCCCCCUGACCUUACUGAUUUCCAACAAGAUUGGGGUGAUGGUGUGUGUGGGGCUAAUGGCCACUUCCCCCUCAGUGCACUCAAUCAUUCUGAUUCUCAGCAAUACCAAGUUGAAAAGAGCUCUCAAAAGCAUUUUGCAUCUUAUUCAGUGCUUUCUAAAGGCAUGUAUUGGCUAG